AUGACUGAACCACUUGAAGAUACACAACCAUCUACCCCAAAGAAGCAAAUCAUUCUGAAUGCAUUUGUCAUGAACACACCUGGCCACCUGGCCCCAGGACUAUGGAAGCACCCUCGAAACAAGACAGACCAAUACAAAAACCUGUCAUUCUGGACCGAUCUGGCUCAAUUGCUAGACAAGGCCGGUUUCCACGCCAUUUUUAUUGCCGACACCCUAGGCCCUUACGAUGUGUACAAGGGCCCUGCCAAUGUUGUACCGGCUCUUUCAUCAGGAGCCCAAUUCCCAGUCAAUGAUCCGCUGUACUUAGUUCCCGCCAUGGCAGCAGUGACAAAAAACCUGAUAUUCGGAGUGACAGCCAGUACAACGUACGAAAAACCCUACGCGUUAGCGCGUAGACUCUCAACCGUCGACCAUCUCAGCCAGGGCCGCGUGGCGUGGAAUAUAGUCACUUCUUAUCUUGACAGUGCAGCUCGGAAUCACGGCUUGAAAGAACAGAUCCCGCAUGACGAGCGGUAUGCGAUCGCCCAUGAGUAUAUGGAAGUUCUGUAUAAACUUUGGGAAGGCAGUUUCCGUGAUGAUGCGGUACUCGCCGAUCGGGAGAGUGGAGUAUACAUCGCUAGCGAUGCAGUGCGAGAAAUAAACCACAAAGGCAAAUAUUUCGACGUUCCCGGUCCUCACUUCUGUGAGCCCUCGCCUCAGCGAACACCCUUUUUGUUCCAGGCUGGUGUUUCAGAGGCCGGAAAUGGGUUUGGAGGCAAACAUGGCGAGGCCAUUUUUAUUGGCGGCCAGACUCCUGAGGGUGCUCGUCCGAUUGUGGACAAUAUUCGCAAGAUUGCUGCUAGUGAGGGUCGUGAUCCUAACCAUAUCAAAGUGAUUGUGGGGAUCAGCGUGAUUGUCGCAGCGACAGACGAGGAGGCUAAAGAGAAGAGAGAAGAGUAUCUUCAGUACGCGGAUACUGAAGGAGCAUUGGCUUUAUUCGGUGGAUGGACCGGAGUCGAUCUAGCAAGCUUUUCAGACGACGAAGACUUCCGAUUUAGUCAAUCGCCGCGAGUACAGUCCAUUGUGCGAAGAUGGUCCGCUACUGUACCGGGCACUGAAAACCUUCCCUGGACGAAGAGCAGAAUCGUGGAAUACAUCACUCUAGGAGGUCUGCAAGCUAAAAUAGUUGGCAGUCCUACGACUGCUGCAGACCAACUGGAAAACUGGGUUAAUGUCAGUGGUGUGGAUGGAUUCAAUCUCGCCCAUAUCACGAACCCAGGCAGCUUCGAGGAUAUCAUCGAGUUCCUCUUACCUGAACUAAGACGCAGGAAGCUCUUCCGUUCCGAGGUUGGCGAUGGUGUCACAGCAAGAGAGGUUUUCCUAGGAACACCGCGUCUACCUGAAGAUCAUCCAGGGAGUCAAUACAAAUGGCGGAAAGGCGAAAAGAUUCCCCAAUAUCAGCAGGGUGUCGAAGUAUCAUGA